CACGGCGUUAAACAUAGACAGAUCGUGAUGCGACGAAUCCUCUCUUCCCACAAUGCCGUGCAGGCGAGUCUAUUUGAGCUGUCUGUGGUCCUGAAACUGCGCGUGCCGGCGGCUCGAGAGCAAACUCAACACAAUCGCGUGAUCCAUCCUCAGUCCUCCAGCAUCCUUCUCAGAGAGCCAUCACACCGAGGCUAAGAGGACAAUAGAGGAGCAGGCUACAGCCCGCUUCUAGUGCUACCAGAGACAACAGUCGUGGGCCUACUAAACAGACCAGCAUGGCAUUUCGCGGAACCUUCUACUGAACGAUAUGGAGGCCAAACAACAUUCGAUUAAAAGCUUGAAGAGCUAUCCUGAGGCGGGCGGCCGAAGUCUAGCGGCGGCUGCAGGUGGAGACGGAGGAGGAGGCUAUCGUGUCGUUACAGCGGAGAUGGAGAUGGAGACCAAAAUACAGAAAGCCAUUGACUUCAAAUUAGAGGGCCAUCGAUGUUACAAAGAGAAGAAAUUUCGGGAAGCUAUCGGAAAGUAUCACAGGGCUUUGCUGCAGUUGAAAGGAGUUCAUGUUGUCGAUGGGACCACGGGUUCCGAGGUCAGUCUGCUGAACCAAGCCGCAGCCAAGCUAACAGAGGAACAGCGGAAAGCUGUGGAAAGCACGGAGAUCGAAUGCUAUGAUAGUCUGACAGCCUGUUUGCUGCAGUCAGAGUUGGUGAACUACGAGCGAGUGAAGGAGUACUGUCUUAAGGUUCUGGGACACCAGCAGGACCAUUUUAAGGCUAUGUAUCGUGCCGGUAUUGCCUUCUAUCACCUGGGCGAUUAUGAAUGUGCCCUACGUUACCUGCGUGAUGCCAAGUGCCGUGAGCCCACAGAUACAAACGUUCUUCGGUACAUCCAGCUGACGGAGAUGAAGAUGAGCAAGAGUGGACAAAGAGAGAGAGAGAGUGGCAAAGACGUGCUGGGCUAACGCCUCUGCCCUCUCUCUCUCCCGUCCUUUUUCUCCUGACCAAGCGUCCUCCUCCUCCUCCUCCUCCUCCUCCUCCUCCUCCUCCUCCUCCUCUGCUUCCUCUGCCCGUCGGCCAUCUGAGGUUUAGCACCGCUCGCAGCUGGACACUUUCAGGGCACUGUCCCCCCCUGUACCCCCCUGUCCCCCUUUAGAACAACCCAAUUCCCUUAUGGUAAGAAGCCUGUUUUGGUCCCUUUAAAGCCCAUUGUUCCCAGUGCUUCGAUUUCUUUCCCAGGUACAGACUGACAGAACAACCAACCAACCAACCAACCAACCAACAAACCACCACAGAGAAGGAAUCAGAAGGGAAGUAGUAUACAGACAUGGUAACAAAUGCUAGAAUGGCACAGCAACUUAAAAAGACACUGAUAAUACAAGAUUUCACAUCAUGUACCAAGGGUGUGUAUGAAAAAAAAUCAUGCUUUUUUAAGCCAGAAGACAUUGGCUGAGCUAUAGGACUGUAUGGAGGUUUCUUGCAUUAUGGCUUGGCUUUGGAUAUGAAGGUUAUGUUCUGUAAUGCAUAUCAAGGCUUUAGUUCCCAAUAAGACAAGCUAAACGAGUCAUUAUACAUAGAGUAAUGUAUAGUACUUGAUUGUUCCAGUGUCCCCUCACCCUGCUUCUACAUAAUGGUAAGAAUAAGCAUCGCUAUAGAUAAUUCUCUUUCCUUUUUAUCGGUCUUGGUAUUCAUCUACCUGCCUUUGUUUUCCUCUCUCUCUCUCUCUCUCCCUUCCUCUCGCUCUGUCUUAUUUCAGACAUGAAUUAGAUCUCAGUUUCUCAACUCUUUGUAUUCAAGGGCUAAUUCAAAUACUUGUCAUUUUUCCCUCUGUUUUCUCUCUACUUUGUUGAUUUGGGGGUUUAGCGUCAUUGGAGUUACUGAUAGUGGUCGAAACAAGUGUAUGUUUUUUCUCUUUCUUUAAGGACAAAAAUACAGCUCAAGUACAGUCUCUGUUCUACUGUUAUCAGGUGUGUUUCGUGAACCAGUGUCUUGAAUUAGUUGUCCAUUUCUCCUAGUGUAUAUUGUUAGAAUGUUAAGCCUGACUUCCCCUCUUGCUUUGAAUGGUGGUCCAGUCACAGGCAAGUGUUACCAACCUUCUGAUGCUGAUGAAACAAUGGGGGGUACAGUACAUGGGGUACAUGGUAAAGGUACUCCAAACUCACAGGAUAACUGUGUAUUUGAACUGAUACGGUAAUCAGAUAACACAUAAAAUUGGAUUCCUUUUACUUUACUACAGACAAUGUAGUAAAACCUCUUUAUAAAUGAUAACAUGGUUAUUGCGGUCAAACUCAUAAAGCAGCCAAGAAGACCAUUCAUUUAAGGAAUUGUAUGCUUUGAUUUUCUUGAAAUAAGUUUAGGUGACAAUGUCAUCAAUACCAGGCCAGGAAAAGGACAAUUCAAGAGCAUGUCUUGAUUUUGAGUGUGCAAUAUGUGAUGUAUGUGUAAGUUGCGGACGUUUAUGUUAGGUUUGUGAUCGGGAAUCUUACUUGACCUUUUGUCAAUCAUGUCCAGGUAAAUUUUCAUGAUCCUUUUAGUGUCAUUUCAAUGCUGUCAUUUUCUUCUGGAUCCAGAAAAAUCUUAUUUAAAUAGUCUUGGUUGAUUCUAAAUGGAUGUCUCUCAGUUGAUUUUCUCCUAGUGUUCCCUGCAUGUCUACAAACGUUAUGGGCAUUUUGGAAUGGUAUGCAGUGGUCUUAAUUUCUUGUCCUUUGUAUCCAGUAUUCUUUGGGCUUAAGGGAUAUGGUUACUAUACAGCAGUGUGUAUCAGUAAAAAGAUACUGAGGAGGUUCUGAAUUAACUCAUUUUUUCUACUACCUUAUACAAAGCAGACAGCUAGUUAUGUCCGUGGGACUUAAGCCAUUGGAAGAGAAAAGCUAUAGAAGGAUAAAGGAUCUGAAAGAUAAAGUGACCCCACCCACAGCUUCGGUGUUUUUUGAUAGAUGUCAUUGAUCAAUAUGAAAUCUCUGCAUUUCAAAAUAGCUGCAGAAGCUAGUUAUGGUUCUCUCUGGAAUUCCUUAAAGAAUCACAUGAGCUAUAAUGUAAUUUGAAUUGGUUAGCUAGCUAGACUAAUGUAGAAAAUGGUGUGGAUUUAGUUCUGUUUCUGUCUCUCUGUCAAAGAAGACAGAGAGAGUGCUGUUGUGGAGUGAAGUUAUCUAAAAAAAAAGUGUAUUUAUUUCUCUGGUGCCUAAUUAUCUGGGCGAUAUCUUCUGGGCCAAUGAAUAGGACAUACCAUUGUGCUUGCAACUGCAGAGGCUUACUUCAGAGUGACAGCCACCCCAUUAAUCAAAGUGUGCAGCUCAGAUCAAAACAAAAGCACAAACAUAAGGACAUGGAUGAGGAAAUAGUGUCUUUUUUUCUUUGAUGUCAUUUGAGAUGUGUGUCUGUCAAUGGUCGAAGUAGAAUUUUGUGGUUUUGACAAUUUUAAGGGGGGAGGGAUUGAGAAAAUAACGGUUGUAGAGAGCUUUACUUUCAUUACUGUAAUGAUAUUAAACUAAGAGAGUAAAAUUCAAAUUUGAGAUUACAACCUCUGUGACCGUAAUUCUGGAGAUAAAGUUCAUGUGUGUGUAUGUUUGCUUGUAUGUGUGUUGGGUCAUUUUCUAAUUUAUUUUUGGAUAUCUGUAAAUUGCUCCAAGGGUUUGGGUUGGUCUCUGACCUCUACUGGAGAAGGUCUGUAAAUGUCCUGCAUGAAAGAGAUGGGAGGAGGCAAAGCGAAAAAAGGACAUUAAUUUUUUCCCCUCUUUCUUGCUUUAAUUUUUUAUGCGUUUUAAGGGACUCUGAACUGGAAAUUACCCAGUGGUGGUAGGUUUGUCAUCGUGGAUCAUGAGUCUGUCCUAAGAGAGUAUUGUGGGAUAUUGGAUAUUAUAUGACAUUAAAACUGGUUGUACUGAACUGCUAGUCCAGGAAUGCACUACUGAUUGGUAUUCAAAAAUGAUAAAUAAAGUUUAAACAAAACCCAUGGUGUGA